AUGAACCACCCUUUGUAUUUGUCCCAAUCUCCACUUCUCUCUCGUCAGAAAAUCAAGAAAUGGCAGGAGGAACACCCCAAGCGUCCAUUUUUCUCGUUAGAGUUCUUUCCUCCAAAAACAGAAAUGGGUGUUUUGAAUUUGUAUGAUCGCUUUGAUCGGUUUACUCUUCUCAAUCCUCUCUGGAUCGAUAUGACGUGGGGGGCUGGAGGGACAACAUCAGAAAAGACACUCGAAUUGUCAGCUCAUGCGUUAAAAUUUCAUGGUUUAGAGCCUCUGAUGCAUUUGACGUGUACGAACAUGUCAGAAAGACUGCUUGAAGAAACGCUUGCUCGAUGCGUUCAAAAAGGUAUCCGUAAUCUUCUUGCCCUUCGAGGUGAUCCUCCGACGGACAACGCGGAUUGGAGAGCAGGUGAAGGUCGAUUUCAAUAUGCAAUUGAUCUUGUAAAGUACAUUAAGGAAAGAUAUGGAGAUUAUUUUUGUGUUGCUGUUGCUGGAUAUCCAGAGGGGCAUUUGGAAAAUCCAAGUGUGGAAGAUGUGAAAAGACUGAAAGAAAAAGUUGAUGCUGGAGCUAGUCUCAUUCUAACUCAACUGUUCUAUGAUGUUGAACAAUUUGCGUCGUUCCUAAGGAGAUGUCGAGCGAUAGGAAUCACCGUACCUGUUCUUCCGGGCGUGCUCCCCAUUCAAUCAUGCGGAUUCAAACGCUUCACUUCAUUUUGUCGCACGAAAGUUCCCCAAGAAGUUACCGAAAUAUCACAUUGA